AUGAAAGGCUCUGUCUCUCUGUUGCAGAAUCAGAGGCUGCAGCGCAUGCGUGAGAAGCUCUGUAUCGACAGCUUCACAGCCCGUUGGCAAAAGAGUAAGUUUCAUUGCAUUCCUGAUGCUCUCUCUCGUGCUCCAAUCCAGGAUCCAUCCGCGGAGGACGACGUCCUGGGGCCGGAUGAUGAGGACCCUCUACACGUUGCGGUAGUGUCUGCGCUCAGUACAGUCUGUGAGGAGGGCACCCCACUGGCGCCGUUACAAGACCAGACACUAGUUAAGGUGCGCGCUUCUGCCGCCCGAGUUGCAGAUUACACCGCCCUACGUGAUGUCAUCAUGAGAGGAUUCCCAGAGCACCGUCAGGAUUUGGAACAUGCGUUACGACUUUACUGGGGCGCUCGCAGCAUGCUCGCUGUGGACGACGGCCUCAUUUUGUAUGGUUCACGACUCUUGAUUCCUUGCAGCCUUCGACGUGAGUCACUGGAGAGGCUGCAUGACGGGCACCAGGGAGUGAAUAGGACGAAGAGACGUGCUCGGCAGGCUGUAUACUGGCCAGUGAUCGACCACGAUAUAGAAAAUACAGUUUCAUCCUGUUCCCUGUGCCGACCACUCUUGCCUUGCCAUCAGAAUGAACCGUUAUGGCGAGAUGACUUCCUCCUCCACGUCGACCACCUGUCUGGGUGGCCGUACAUAUCUUCCUGCCCGAGAACAGCGUCUGCAGCCCAUUUGGUAUGUGUCCUACAUUAUAUAUUUGCAGAUACUGGUGUGCCUGUUGCCUUGAGGACAGAUGGAGGUCCGCAGUUCACCCCGUCUACUUUCCGCCGUUUCCUGGCUCGGUGGAGGGUGGAACACCGGAUCACGUCCCCAUACAACCCACGCGCCAAUGGGCAAGCAGAGGAAGCUGUUAAGGUCAUGAAGAAGUUAAUCUGCAUCACUACAAGGAAUGGCAUACUGGACGAGGAUGACUUUGCACGUGGGCAACUGGAAUUGAGGAAUACCCCGCGUGCUAACGGGAGGUCACCUGCCCAGGUCUUGUUUAGACAUCCUCUACGAUCAUCUGUUCCUGCACAUCAUCGAGCAUACGCGGCGGAGUGGCAAACAAAUGUGAAAGUGAAGCUGUACAUCUGCGUCGACAGGCCAAGGAGCGACACGAUGCUUCAGCUCGACCACUCCCCAAACUGCAGCUCGGGUCAUAUGUGGAUGUGCAGGACCACACAUCAGGACGGUGGGAACAGUUGA